AUGGAGGAAAAUGCCGCCAUGGAUGUGGACGGCCACGCCAUGGAUGGUGUCGAAUCGACAAACGGACUCGACCGCGAGGGAGGGAGCCACAUCGAGGAAGAGGACACGGCGUCAGAGGGAGGCAGCUCCGACAGUGGCGAUGAUUCCGACUCUCAAGAUCGCACCCUAGAACACCUUCAACGGCGGGGUCUCCUCCCCACUGGAUGUUGCUACGACGAUCGCAUGAAGCUGCACAUGAAUGCGGAUUUUAGUCCAAACACGCACCAUCCCGAAGAUCCACGUCGCAUACACGAAAUUUUCACGGCCUUUAAGAAGAUGGGACUUGUCUAUACGGGGCCAGCUUCUGAGCUUCCCAGGAUUAUGAAGGAGUGCCCGACAAAAUACAUGUGGAGGAUUCCCGCUCGCCCCGCCACCAGGGAGGAGAUAUGUCUCGCCCAUUCCUCUGACCAUCUUGCCUGGGUGGAGAGCCUUGAUACCAUUAGUACGUCCGAACUUCGGGAGCUCACGAAGCGUUACGACCAGGGACGCGAGUCCCUCUAUGUCGGAAGCAUGUCCUAUCCUGCCGCCCUGCUCUCCGCCGGCGGCGCCAUCGACACCUGCAAGAACGUCGUGACCGGUCAGGUCAAGAACGCUUUCGCCGUCAUCCGCCCUCCGGGGCACCACGCCGAAUGGAACGCACCCAUGGGGUUUUGCUUCUUCAACAACGUUCCCGCCGCCGUCCGCGUCUGCCAGCAGGACUACCCUGAUAUCUGUCGCAAGGUCCUCAUCCUCGAUUGGGACGUCCACCACGGAAACGGCAUUCAAAACAUAUUCUACGACGACCCCAAUGUGCUGUACAUCUCCAUCCACGUCUACCAGAAUGGUCAAUUCUACCCGGGAAAACCGCCGAAUCCGAUGACGCCCGAUGGCGGCAUCGAGAACUGCGGUACCGGGCCGGGCUUGGGGAAGAACAUCAACAUCGGUUGGCACGACCAAGGCAUGGGUGAUGGCGAAUACAUGGCCGCCUUCCAGAAGAUUGUCAUGCCGAUAGCGCAAGAGUUCAACCCCGAUUUGGUCGUCAUCUCCGCCGGCUUCGAUGCCGCCGACGGCGACGAGCUUGGAGGCUGCUUCGUCACGCCCGCGUGUUACGCACACAUGACCCACAUGCUCAUGUCCCUCUCCGAUGGAAAGGUAGCCGUCUGUCUCGAAGGCGGCUACAACCUCGCGGCCAUCUCGAACUCGUCCGUCGCCGUCGCCAGGACCUUGAUGGGCGAGCCUCCGCCGAAGAUGACGAUACCCAAGAUCAACAAGGAGGCCGCGAGGCUGCUGGUCAAGGUCCAAGCCCACCAGGCCCCGUACUGGGAAUGCAUGCGACCUGGUAUAGUGGAGAUACCCCAGCUCCAGAGCCUGAAUGCCUCUCGGCUCCACGAUGUCAUCAGGAAUUCUCAACGCCACGCGCUGCAGGAAAAGCACAACAUGGUACCUUUGUACGUCCAGCGGGAGCAGCUGUACAAGUCAUUCGAGAACCAAGUACUUGUGACGCCGCAACUUCACGAGGCGAAAAGGAUACUUGUCAUCAUACACGACCCUCCGCAACUGUUGGCCCAGCCAGAUGCCCUAGAUUCCUCGCUUGAGCCGCACAACGCCUGGGUGGUGGACGGAGUGACCCAGUACAUCGAUUGGUUCAUCGGCCAGAACUUUGGCCUCAUGGACAUCAACGUCCCUGCGUACAUUACCAAUGAAGAGACACGGCAAGUUGACAUGCUCAAGGAUACGGAUUCAUACAUACCUGGAUUCAAGGAAAAGGCUUUACAGGAACAAAUACAGCAUUUGAUUUGCUACCUCUGGGACAACUACCUGCAACUGUACGAAGCCGAUGAAAUCUUUCUUCUCGGCGUCGGGAAUGCCUACCUGGGAGUGAAGAUGCUCCUCAUCAAUAGAGACUGCAAAGACAGGAUCUCCGGCGUAGUAAACUUUGUGACGGGAAACCUGCGGCCCGUCAAGUCUGACGUCGACACAGAGCUGUCCUCGUGGUACAAGGAGAAUUCGCAAGUCUACGUCGCCGGUGACCACGCUUGUUGGACCGACCAUGAGUUGACGAGAAAGGUACAUAAGAGGAGAUUCGGCACUGUGAUACGCAGCGAUAUGCUCGGCUUGAACAACAUGAUGAACGAGCACGCCGAAGAGGCGCAGGAAUGGAUCAUGGCCAGAGUUGCGUCCGUAAGCCGAGGAGACACAACUGAGGAGGAAGGCGGGAUGACUUCAUGA